AACAAUUUAACAACACUCGGCAGUGAAGCAGCAGCAGCUCUUCUUGCAAACGCAAAAUGCAGCCACACCAACCACAAUGGAGACAAAUUACAAUAACUCUCUGCUUAUUUGUAACGUACUAAAUAGUUUUUUUCUCAUCAGUCUAUUGAAUACAAGUAUUUUUCUCGUGUGUAUCGACCCUUUUUAGGAUACAGGCUUCUUAGCUCAUUGCUGCUCUUUAAGUGAUAAAGGGUUUGUUGGUAGAGGUGCAGCCAGUUCGGGAAUUGGGGGAUUCCUUUUUGUUCGUAAAAAAGAUAAAAUGGCUGAUGGCGGAAGCAAAGUAGGGUCAUCUUCUGUGUCAUCCCAAAAUAAAGGAAGUAAGAACAAGAGAAAAUUAUUCGAUCCUUCUAUAAAGAACCUGAUUAACCUUCCCUCAUCCCUGACCGAAUUCCCACGGUAUGAACAAUCCUCAAAGAAAUCUCAGAACCCAUCGAGUGAGCCGGUGUCAUUGGGAAUGAGGUCCAGUCAGUCUAAGGAAGUAGCCAGAGGAGAAGAGUGUGAAUCUGCUGAUUGGGAUGAUCCCAUUGUGCGUGCACUUGAGGAACUGCUGUCUGCUGGUUUGCUCGUACUUUUCAGGGAUGCAAUUAUGCAGAUUGUUGAGCGUGGCUAUAGUGAGGAGGAUGCUGAGAAAUCCAUUUCAAGGCAUGGGCUUUACUGUGGGGGUAAAGACCUUGUGUCAAAUGUAGUUGAUGAUGCUUUGGCCUUUUUGAAUAAAGGGAAGGGAGUUUAUGCUUCGAGGGAUGAAGUGUUCGAAGAUUUGAAGCAAUUGGUUGACUACACCAUGCUGGAGAUGAUAAAUGUGCUUAGGGAGGUGAAGCCAUCCUUAUCCAUUGCAGAAGCAAUGUGGUGGUUGUUAAUGUGUGACUUGAACAUUUCACAAGCCUGUACAGCGGAAGGAGAUCUGUUGAAUUUUCUUGAUGGUAAAGAAGUCUCAGGAGAAAGUUCCUCUUGCUCUACACCUUCCCCAUCAGGAUCAGAAGCACAAACUUCUGUGACGGUUCCUCCAAACACCAAAGAAGCAAAUAUUCCAAACCCUUCCAAUCCCAAUCCUCAAAGUUGUCCUGCUGAAACUCUCAAAUUUGGAAGUUUCCCAAAUUUACCUAACCCCAGAAAUAAAGGGAGAGACAGUCUAGUUAUGGUGGCACAAAGUGUGGAAAAAUCUUUGAGUUCACUUGGGGAACGUGUUCAGAAUAUGUCCCUAACACUUGCCCCUGAAGAAAGAUCGGGAACUGGUCGAAAGGGGAGGUCCAAGAAGGAACUAGCAACCCUCCGACAAAAGUCCUUCCAUGGACACACCGAAAAAACCUACAAGGCUUAUGGGAAAGGAGCCUUCAAAUCAGGCAAGCUUGCUACCAUUGGUGGUUUUGUGGUGGAAAAGAGAGUGCAACCUCCAACUGAUUUGCCUGCUGUACAACCUAAAAGUGGUGCCUCAAAGAAUAGUACAGAAACAGAAGCUAUAGCUUCUUCAGCUGAUGGAAGCCAUUCUGUUUCUACUGGUACUCCACUUGCUUUUCCUGUGCCUGAUAGUGCUUCAACAAAGUGCACUAUGUCUGCAUUACCUGCCCCAAACGUUGAACAUGCAGCAUCAUCUUCUUCAGAAAAACAUCCUGCUACAAGAGCUGAAUCCUGCGUCUUUCUGUCUCCCAUGAUGCCUGACUUCUAUGCUGGAAUUCCUUUUGAUGAGUCUUUGGGGAAGUAUGUCCCACGGGAUGAGAAGGAUGAACUUCUUUUGAAGCUAGUUCCUCGGGUGCAGGAGCUGGAGAAUGAACUGAACAGUUGGACUGAGUGGGCCAAUCAAAAGGUAAUGCAAGCUGCUCGUAGGCUUAGCAAAGACCAACCUGAGCUUAAGUCACUGAGGCAAGAGAAGCAAGAAGCAGAGCAAAGUAAAAAAGAAAAGCAAAUGUUGGAGGAGAACACCAUGAAGAGGCUAUCAGAGAUGGAGUUUGCCCUUAAUAAUGCCACUGGUCAGGUUGAAAGGUCUAACACUACUGUACGUAAGCUCGAAUUAGAGCAUGUUCUGCUCAAGAGGGAGAUGGAAGCUGCCAAACUACGGGCAGCAGAAUCAGCUACCAAUUGUCUGGAAGCGUUGGAGAGGGAACAGAAGGCACUCAAGGAUGCACAGUCAUGGGAGGGACAGAAGGCUUUGUUACGGGAGGAACUUGCUUGUGAGAAGCUGAAGGCAGCCGAGCUGCAACAGGAAAUAAGCAAGACAAGAAAUCGCCAGAACCAAGUUGAGGCUAGAUUGAAAGAAGAGAGGAUGGCAAAGGAAAAACUUUGUGCACAGGCUGCUUCCAUACGGAAGGAGCGAGAACAGCUUGAAGCUACUGCUAAAGCAGAAGAGGAAAUGAUAAAGCUGAAAGCAGAAAAAGAGAUCAAGAAAUAUACAGUUGAUAUAAAAAAGCUUGAGGGCCAGAUAUCUCUUUUGAAAUAUAAGUCAGACUCUUGUAAAAUAGCAGCCCUUCGAGGAAGUGCUGAUGGAGGCUUUGGUUGCUUCCUGCCUGGUGGCAAGAGUGCAAGCCCAGAAAUGAAGGGAAAUCGUAUUCCUAGUUUUUCAAGGGAAGGGACAAACUUUCCUGAAAAUGUUGCGACAGGAGGUUUAAAACAGGAACGGGAGUGUGUCAUGUGCCUAUCAGAGGAGAAGUCUGUGGUUUUCCUGCCGUGUGCUCAUCAGGUUCUCUGUCCAAAAUGCAAUGAACUCCAUGAGAAAGAAGGCAUGAAAGAUUGUCCUUCUUGUAGGACCCCAAUCCAGAGGCGCAUUAAUGUGCAUUUUCCUAAGCCAUAGCGGCACUCACCUUUUUGCUGAAAGGGGGGCUGGGUUGUAACAGCAGCAACUUGAAUGUUGUAAAUGGAUUUAUGUUGAAGUUCAUCGAGUUGUUGCCUUUUUGUUUGGGUUUUGGGUAAUUUAUAUAGUUUAGAAAAAGUUAUUCUAGAAAAGAGAGAACUAGAGAAAAGGAAGA